AGGGGAUUCCCCAGCGCGUGCGGCAGCAGCGGCGGGAGCGGCCGGAGGGGACCCAGGUGUCGGGGUGCCCCCCGCCCUCCCCCCCCCCCCCCCGUGACGUCAUGGCGGAGGAGCUGGAGCCGCUGUCGGAGGGCGAAGCGUUCCUCGACAUCUGGAACAUGCUCCCCGACAACAUCCACUCGUUCCCCGAGGAGCUGCCGGUGUGGGACCCGACUCCCGUGGGGUCCCCCCUGGACCCCCCCGGCAGUGGGGUGCUGGUGCCGCCCCCCCUCCCCGCGGAGCCCCCCCCUCCCCCGGUGCCCCCCUCCCCGGUGGUGCCGUCCACGGAGGAUUACGGGGGGCACCACGACUUCCGCCUGCGCUUCCGCGAGACCGGCACCGCCAAGUCCGUCACCUGCACCUACUCCCCCGAGCUGAACAAGCUGUACUGCCGGCUGGCCAAGCCCUGCCCGGUGCAGGUGAAAGUUGGGGUGCCCCCCCCCCCAGGAACGCUGCUCCGCGCCGUCGCCGUCUAUAAGAAGUCGGAGCACGUGGCCGAGGUCGUGCGGCGCUGCCCCCACCACGAGAGAUGUGGGGGGCCCGGAGAUGGCCUGGCCCCCGCCCAGCACCUGAUCCGGGUGGAGGGGAACCCCCAGGCUCGUUACCACGACGACGAGACCACCAAGCGGCACAGCGUGGCCGUGCCCUACGAGCCCCCGGAGGUGGGCUCCGACUGUACCACGGUGUUGUACAACUUCAUGUGCAACAGCUCCUGCAUGGGGGGCAUGAACAGGCGCCCCAUCCUCGCCAUCCUCACGCUGGAGGGGCCGGGGGGUCAGAUCCUGGGCCGUCGCUGUUUCGAGGUUCGGGUCUGCGCCUGCCCUGGCCGGGACCGCAAGAUCGAGGAGGAGAACUUCCGCAAGAGGGGCGGGGCCAAGCGCGCCCUGUCACCCACGGCUGAAGCCCCCGAGAGCUCCAAGAAGCGGGUGCUGAACCCCGACUCCGAGGUCUUCUGCCUGCAGAUCCGGGGGCGUCGCCGCUACGAGAUGCUGAAGGAGAUUAACGACGCGCUGGAGGCGGCCGAGGGGGGGGCGGCUCCGCCACGACCGACGAAGGGUCGCCGCCCGCGGGGGGAGGGGCUGGUGCCGCGCGGGAAGAAGCUGCUGCUGAAGGGGGAACCGGCCGACUCCGACUGACCACGCCCCCUUUGCCGGAGGCCACGCCCACCCGGCUCCGCCCACCCGCUUAGCCCCGCCCUGCUCCAUGCGAAGCCCCGCCCCAUCUCACCCCUGCCCUGCCCUCCUGGCCACGCCCCCCUCCUGGCCACGCCCCCCUCCUGGCCACGCCCACCCCCCUAAGCCGCACCCUCCGGUGCUUUUUAAAGCCACGCCCAUACAGCCCUGGCCACGCCUCCUGGCGUUGGCUCCGCCCCCAGCCCCGCCCCUGCCGCUUGGCCCCGCCCCCCGGCGUGUUUUUAAGGUCGUUUUUAUACAAUAAACGUCUUUUUUUGUACCGCC